AAUUCCCAUUUACAACAAUCAAAGAGUGUAAAUAACUUCACAAAUCAGUAUUCAUCAUGGCGUCGUCCGGAGGCAUCUGGGCACCUGUAGCCGUGAGGAUGCUAAAGUAAGCUACUCCCAAAUUCAACUUUCUUCACGGGAAAACCCAAUGUCCCCCUUGCCGUCAAUGCAAUAUAGAUUCUAACAUCUAUUACAGGAGUGUAGUUCAACGAACUACGAAACUCAUUAAAUUACGACUCAAAGAUGUUACCAACAAACCUGUCACAGCAGAGCUUCAACCAAUUUUCGUAAGAAGCUCACCUCGUCAUCCCAUUCAUCCAGCGGCCCUCCUCCGUCAAAACAAGGGACGAUGGUACACAACCCAAAGUGCUGUCAAUUCCGCUGUACGUCGUUUUAUGAGCACCAAUGGACAAGCAAUUAAAUAUGACCGUGCUUUAUUCCCAAAAUCAAACACCGCAACCGCUGUAUCACGUCUCACAGCACGAGCUCCAUUUGCCUCAACUCUCCGACCAAACUUAACUGGUGGAGCUCUCCCUAGAACAGCAGGAGGUUAUACAUUAGGAGGUGGAAGAGCAGGUGCUCGAUACUUUUCCCAUACACCUGCCGCCCCAGCACAAGUCAUUAACAAUGUCUCACAAGCUGUCCGAGCAUUCUUCCUUUCUGGUCAAAAAGCUCAAUUCGAUGGUAUGACUCCUAUGGGCGAGAAACGCUAUAGAGCGGUUUCUUCGCUUCAAGAGGAAACAGCCCGCAAGAUUCAAUCUGUUUCCAGAGUUACCCCAGGCUCCUAUAUCGAUUUCUCUGUCAACCCAACUGUCACUGCUCUAUCCCCUCUCGCCGCAGCUCUUCCCUUCGGAACUCAAAAAAUGUCACAAGCUGCUCCAUCUCUCAACACAUCCGGCUUCCUCGACAUUCUCUCCGUCGAUUUCUCCCGUGCUCUAAAAGAUCUCGCGGCAACAAUGAACGACCUUAAAAAACUGUCCUCUCUUGGCGAUCUUCCAAUAACCCUUGAAAACAAUCACAUCCUGCGAGUCCGGUUUCCUGGUUGCGAUGCCGAAUCUGUAGAGCGCCUCUGCGAUGAAGUCGGCGUGCAACGAGGAAUCAUAUAUCAAGAUGCCGAUUUCGAUGACGCUGUUGGAACACAGAUGGCUCUUCUAUUCCCUUUCGCCCCUACCGAAGCAGCAUCGCCCUCGUACCCUCAAUCUCAUUGUCUACAAACUAGUUCCCCUUCUCCCGACCAAGAUGAAUAUGAAGAUAUUCUGGAAGAAUUCUCGGAAAAUCCCUGGAUUGAAGAUUAUGGAACGAUGGAAGAAGAUAUCAGCGAAAGCGGUUCGGCAUAUUUUACAAAGAUCAGCGAACAUCAAUCUGUAUCAGAGGAAUAUGAGGGUUUAGAAGGAAUAUACAAGUUCCUUGAAGAAUGUGAUGCAAGGAGGCCUUAGAUUUGGGCCUUCUACUUAUCUACUGGUGGCUUACUUGCCUAUUUUCCUUUUGUCAUAUUGGGCCAUUGAUUUUUGUGGAUGCGUUUUGAGCGUGAGCGUGAGCGUGAGUUGUGCAAAGAUGGAUGAUGAUCUACACUCACUCCUUAAACAUUGAAUUUGGGAUUUAGGAUUUCCUUACAGCUUUUAUACCAUUUUAAAUUACAUACAAAAAAUUGAUACCACGCGA